AUGAAAUCCAUGAAAUUUCAAAUUUUUGUUAUACUUGCUGCUUUUUGUUAUCAAACAAUCCCUAGAGAUGAUUAUGAAGGAUAAUGGAAGGAUGGUAAAAGAAAUGGAAUAGGGAUUUUUAAAUUUGUUAAUGGAGAUAUAUAUGAAGGAGAAUGGAAGGAUGAUAAAAGAAAUGGAAUAGGAAAAUUGAAAUUGGUCGAUGGAGAUGAAUAUGAAGGAGAUUAUGUAAAUGAUCUAAAGCAUGGAAUAGGGAAAUACAAAUGGGCUGAUGGAACUGAAUAUGAAGGAGAUUGGAAAGAUGAUUAAAGAAACGGAAUAGGAAAAUUGAAAUUUGUUAAUGGAGAUGUAUACAAUGGAGAAUGGAAGGAGGAUAAAUUUAAUGGAAACGGGAAUUUGAAAAAAAUUAAUGGAGAUGCAUAUUAUGGAGAAUGGAAAAAUGAUAAAAAAAAUGGAAGAGGGAAGUUGAAAAUGGUUAACGGUGAUGUCCAUAAAGGAGAAUGGAAAGAAGAUAAAAGAAAUGGAAUAGGGAAAUUGAUAUUGUAGAAUGGAGAUGUAUAUGAAGGAGAAUGGAAGGAUGAUAAAAUAACUGGAAAGGGUAAAUGGAAAUCGUCUAAUGGAGAUCAAUAUGAAGGAGAUUAUGUAAAUGGUCUAAAGCAUGGAAAGGGGAAAUAAAAAUUGGCUUAUGGAACUGAAUAUGAAGGAGAAUGGAAGGAUGAUAUAAUAACUGGAAAGGGGAAAUGGAAAUCAGUUGUUGGAGAUGUAUAUGAAGGAGAUUAUGUAAAUGGUCUAAAGCAUGGAAAGGGGAAAUAAAAAUUUGCUGAUGGAACUGAAUAUGAAGGAGAAUGGAAUGAUGAUAAAAUUAAUGGAAAGGGGAAAUGGAAAUCAGUUGGUGGAGAUGUAUAUGAAGGAGAUUAUGUAAAUUAAAGCAUGGAAAGGGGAAAUAAAAAUUGGCUAAUGGAACUGAAUAUGAAGGAGAAUGGAAGGAUGAUAAAAUUAAUGGAAAGGGGAAAUGGAAAUCAGUUGGUGGAGAUGUAUAUGAAGGAGAUUAUGUCAAUGGUCUAAAGCAUGGAAAGGGGAAAUAAAUAUGGGCUGAUGGAACUGAAUAUGAUGGAGAUUGGAAGGAUGAUAAAAUUAAUGGAAAGGGGAAAUGGAAAUCAGUUGGUGGAGAUGUAUAUGAAGGAGAUUAUAUAAAUGGUCUAAAGCAUGGAAAGGGGAAAUAAAAAUUUGCUAAUGGAACUGAAUAUGAAGGAGAAUGGAAUGAUGAUAAAAUUAAUGGAAAGGGGAAAUUGAAAUAAGUUGGUGGAGAUGUAUAUGAAGGAGAUUAUGUAAAUGGUCUAAAGGAUGGAAGGGGGAAAUAAAAAUUGGCUGAUGGAACUGAAUAUGAAGGAGAAUGGAAGGAUGAUAUAAUAACUGGAAAGGGGAAAUGGAAAUCAGUUGUUGGAGAUGUAUAUGAAGGAGAUUAUGUAAAUGGUUUAAAGCAUGGAAAGGGGAAAUAAAAAUUGGCUAAUGGAACUGAAUAUGAAGGAGAAUGGAAGGAUGAUAAAAUUAAUGGAAAGGGGAAAUGGAAAUCAGUUGGUGGAGAUGUAUAUGAAGGAGAUUAUGUCAAUGGUCUAAAGCAUGGAAAGGGGAAAUAAAUAUGGGCUGAUGGAACUGAAUAUGAUGGAGAUUGGAAGGAUGAUAAAAUUAAUGGAAAGGGGAAAUGGAAAUCAGUUGGUGGAGAUGUAUAUGAAGGAGAUUAUGUCAAUGGUCUAAAGCAUGGAAAGGGGAAAUAAAUAUGGGCUGAUGGAACUGAAUAUGAUGGAGAUUGGAAGGAUGAUAAAAUUAAUGGAAAGGGGAAAUGGAAAUCAGUUGGUGGAGAUGUAUAUGAAGGAGAUUAUGUCAAUGGUCUAAAGCAUGGAAAGGGGAAAUAAAUAUGGGCUGAUGGAACUGAAUAUGAUGGAGAUUGGAAGGAUGAUAAAAUUAAUGGAAAGGGGAAAUGGAAAUCAGUUGGUGGAGAUGUAUAUGAAGGAGAUUAUGUCAAUGGUCUAAAGCAUGGAAAGGGGAAAUAAAUAUGGGCUGAUGGAACUGAAUAUGAUGGAGAUUGGAAGGAUGAUAAAAUUAAUGGAAAGGGGAAAUGGAAAUCAGUUGGUGGAGAUGUAUAUGAAGGAGAUUAUGUCAAUGGUCUAAAGCAUGGAAAGGGGAAAUAAAUAUGGGCUGAUGGAACUGAAUAUGAUGGAGAUUGGAAGGAUGAUAAAAUUAAUGGAAAGGGGAAAUGGAAAUCAGUUGGUGGAGAUGUAUAUGAAGGAGAUUAUGUCAAUGGUCUAAAGCAUGGAAAGGGGAAAUAAAUAUGGGCUGAUGGAACUGAAUAUGAUGGAGAUUGGAAGGAUGAUAAAAUUAAUGGAAAGGGGAAAUGGAAAUCAGUUGGUGGAGAUGUAUAUGAAGGAGAUUAUGUCAAUGGUCUAAAGCAUGGAAAGGGGAAAUAAAUAUGGGCUGAUGGAACUGAAUAUGAUGGAGAUUGGAAGGAUGAUAAAAAAAAUGGAAAGGGGAAAUAAAAAUUGGCUGAUGGAACUGAAUAUGAAGGAGAAUGGAAGGAUGAUAUAAUAACUGGAAAGGGGAAAUGGAAAUCAGUUGUUGGAGAUGUAUAUGAAGGAGAUUAUGUAAAUGGUUUAAAGCAUGGAAAGGGGAAAUAAAAAUUGGCUAAUGGAACUGAAUAUGAAGGAGAAUGGAAGGAUGAUAAAAUUAAUGGAAAGGGGAAAUGGAAAUCAGUUGGUGGAGAUGUAUAUGAAGGAGAUUAUGUCAAUGGUCUAAAGCAUGGAAAGGGGAAAUAAAUAUGGGCUGAUGGAACUGAAUAUGAUGGAGAUUGGAAGGAUGAUAAAAUUAAUGGAAAGGGGAAAUGGAAAUCAGUUGGUGGAGAUGUAUAUGAAGGAGAUUAUGUCAAUGGUCUAAAGCAUGGAAAGGGGAAAUAAAUAUGGGCUGAUGGAACUGAAUAUGAUGGAGAUUGGAAGGAUGAUAAAAUUAAUGGAAAGGGGAAAUGGAAAUCAGUUGGUGGAGAUGUAUAUGAAGGAGAUUAUGUCAAUGGUCUAAAGCAUGGAAAGGGGAAAUAAAUAUGGGCUGAUGGAACUGAAUAUGAUGGAGAUUGGAAGGAUGAUAAAAUUAAUGGAAAGGGGAAAUGGAAAUCAGUUGGUGGAGAUGUAUAUGAAGGAGAUUAUGUCAAUGGUCUAAAGCAUGGAAAGGGGAAAUAAAUAUGGGCUGAUGGAACUGAAUAUGAUGGAGAUUGGAAGGAUGAUAAAAUUAAUGGAAAGGGGAAAUGGAAAUCAGUUGGUGGAGAUGUAUAUGAAGGAGAUUAUGUCAAUGGUCUAAAGCAUGGAAAGGGGAAAUAAAUAUGGGCUGAUGGAACUGAAUAUGAUGGAGAUUGGAAGGAUGAUAAAAUUAAUGGAAAGGGGAAAUGGAAAUCAGUUGGUGGAGAUGUAUAUGAAGGAGAUUAUGUCAAUGGUCUAAAGCAUGGAAAGGGGAAAUAAAUAUGGGCUGAUGGAACUGAAUAUGAUGGAGAUUGGAAGGAUGAUAAAAUUAAUGGAAAGGGGAAAUGGAAAUCAGUUGGUGGAGAUGUAUAUGAAGGAGAUUAUGUCAAUGGUCUAAAGCAUGGAAAGGGGAAAUAAAUAUGGGCUGAUGGAACUGAAUAUGAUGGAGAUUGGAAGGAUGAUAAAAAAAAUGGAAAGGGGAAAUAAAAAUUGGCUGAUGGAACUGAAUAUGAAGGAGAAUGGAAGGAUGAUAUAAUAACUGGAAAGGGGAAAUGGAAAUCAGUUGUUGGAGAUGUAUAUGAAGGAGAUUAUGUCAAUGGUCUAAAGCAUGGAAUAGGGAAACACAAAUGGGCUAAUGGAACUGAAUAUGAAGGAGAUUGGAAGGAUGAUAAAAGAAAUGGAAAGGGAAAAUACAAAUUGGUUGAUGGAACCGAAUAUGAAGGAGAUUGGAAAGAUGAUAAAAGAAAUGGAAAGGGGAAAUAAAAAUUGGCUGAUGGAACUGAAUAUGAAGGAGAUUGGAAAGAUGAUAAAAUAACUGGAAAGGGGAAAUGGAAAUCACUUGUUGGAGAUGUAUAUGAAGGAGAUUAUGUCAAUGGUCUAAAGCAUGGAAUAGGGAAACACAAAUGGGCUAAUGGAACUGAAUAUGAAGGAGAUUGGAAGGAUGAUAAAAGAAAUGGAAAGGGAAAAUACAAAUUGGUUGAUGGAACCGAAUAUGAAGGAGAUUGGAAAGAUGAUAAAAGAAAUGGAAAGGGGAAAUAAAAAUUGGCUGAUGGAACUGAAUAUGAAGGAGAUUAUGUAAAUGGUUUAAAGCAUGGAAAGGGGAAAUAAAAAUGGGCUGAUGGAACUUAAUAUGAAGGAGAUUGGAAAGAUGAUAAAAGAAAUGGAAAGGGGAAAUAAAAAUGGGCUGAUGGAACUUAAUAUGAAGGAGAUUGGAAAGAUGAUAAAAAAAAUGGAAUAGGGAAAUUGAGAUUGGUUAAUGAAUCUGAAGGAGAAUGGAAAUAUGGUAAAGCAUAUUUAGAAGAUAGAAUGACAUAUUAUAAUAUAGAUGUAUAUGAUAAAAAAACUGGAAAAGGUUGUAUAAAAUAGACUGAUGGGUCUUUGUAUGAUGUAGAUUGUAAAAAUGAUGAUAGACAUGAAAAUCGAGGAAUUUUAUUGUCUGAUGAUUAAUGAUAUAUUGGCAAAUGGGUCUUAAGCACAUAACUAGAUUUGAG